AUGCUGGAGACACCAUGUGACCUUUCAACAAAUGCCUACUUGAACUGGGACUUUGAAGUCCAAAAGGAUCCUCAUUUGAUUCAGUACAUCCGAGAUAAUUUUUUAAUCCACUCGGGUGGUUCUGGAAGGAUCCCUAAUCCUGACAUAAUACCUCAGCCAGUGCUCAAUGAUGAGUUUGAGGACCCAUCUGAAGGUUUCAUCAUCAAAACUACAUAUACAAAACCGGGAAAGUUUUUUGAAGGUGGUGCUCUGGAUGGUAAAGUAUUUUCCACUACUUAUUACUUGGAGAAGAGACUCGGCUGGUCAGGGAUCCUUGUAGAGGCAAAUCCCAGAAAAGAUCCUCUGUUAUCUGCGAAGAAGCAUUCGAGGUACAAUGUGUGGACUGCGCAUGCGUGUAUAUCUCCCCAGCCCACCCCAUGCCAGGGUAAAUUCACAGUUGAUGUUCAUAAGCUUAAGAAUGGAGAGGAUACGAUGACAUCGCACCCAAGCACCUAUUGGCAUGGAUCGAUCUGGUCCGAAGAAGACGAAGAUGAGGACAUCACAGAUCCAUCUACUGUUGAGAUAUACGAGGAAAAUGUCCCUUGCUUCCCAUUAUACUCCUUGUUAGCUGCGGCAAAUCUGACAAACCUGGACUUCUUCUCCCUUGAUGUGCAAGGUGUUGACGACUCAGGAUUAUUUGACCAGCAGGAAAAUUAUUUGAAAAUAAAUGCGUGGCUCAUCUGUGAAAGGUGGUGAGGCUGCAUGAGACAAAUAUCAACGUGGAUGGGGGACCUUGGUUUCAUUUAGCAAACUUCAUGCAAAGCAUGGGCUACUUCCAUCAUGAGCAACUCGUCUAUUAUCCCUCAGGAAGGAGAAAUGGACAAUAUUAUUUCUCUCUCCAAGAAUGAUGUGGUGUAAGAUGAGCACAAAAUGCAUGCUCAAUUAUUGGAAACUUGCAAUCUUUAUUUAAUCUGAAGGAAACUAUUAUCCAUAUUUGUCAGUGCCGAACUAAUAAAAGAAUGUAGAAAAAUGAUCAGCUCAGGCAAGGAAAACACCUUUUUUCCUGCAGGUUUUUUG